AUAUAUAUAUAGACUGAGGGAGUGAGAGACUCAUUUAUACAAAGACACACAUAUAUAGACUGAGGGAGUGAGAGAGCAGAAUGGCCAAGGAGAAGACCACCAUGUUCAUAGAACAACCCGGGAUGCUAGAAAAUGGUCAUGUUGGCAAGAACUUCGACGACGACGGCCGUGACAAACGAACUGGAACUGUGUUGACAGCGAGUGCACAUAUCAUAACAGCUGUGAUCGGGUCCGGGGUUCUGUCUCUGGCGUGGGCCAUCGCCCAGUUGGGUUGGGUCGCCGGACCUGCAGUUCUCAUGGCCUUCUCCUUCAUCACAUACUUCACCUCCACACUCCUCGCCGACUGUUACCGGUCGCCUGAUCCGGUCACCGGCAAGAGAAACUACACUUACAUGGAAGUUGUUAGAGCCCACUUAGGAGGUGUGAAGGUCCAGCUAUGUGGAAUAGCUCAAUAUGGUAAUCUCGUAGGGGUGACAAUUGGAUACACAAUAACUGCAUCUAUCAGUAUGGUGGCCGUUAAAAGGUCAAACUGUUUUCACAAGAACGGGCAUGAUGUGAAGUGUUCAAUAUCAAAUUAUCCAUUUAUGAGCAUCUUCGCGGUGAUUCAGAUCGUCCUGAGUCAAAUACCAAACUUUCACAAGCUCUCAUGGCUCUCUAUUGUAGCAGCUAUCAUGUCUUUUGCUUACUCUUCUAUUGGUCUUGGACUCUCCAUAGCCAAAGUUGUAGGAGGUGAGCCUGUAAGAACAAGCCUGACAGGCGUGGCAGUGGGCGUGGACGUGUCAGGCUCUGAAAAGGUUUGGAGAACAUUCCAAGCCAUUGGAGACAUCGCAUUUGCUUAUGCUUACUCCACAGUCCUCAUCGAGAUACAGGACACACUGAAAUCACAUCCGGCUGAGAACAAAGUGAUGAAAAGGGCCUCUCUCGCUGGAGUUACAACCACCACCUUCUUCUACAUGCUAUGCGGUUGCGUUGGCUAUGGAGCAUUCGGGAAUAAAGCACCGGGAAAUUUUCUCACCGGAUUCGGUUUCUACGAACCCUUCUGGCUAAUCGACUUUGCUAAUGUCUGCAUCGCGAUCCACCUUAUUGGCGCUUACCAGGUUUUCUGCCAGCCUAUAUUCGCAUUCGUGGAGGGUCGCUGCCACAAGCGGUGGCCGGAGAGCAAAUUGGUAACCUCAGAGUACGGCGUUGACAUUCCGUUUUUGGGAGUUUUCCGCGUGAACUUCUUGAGGUUGGUGUGGAGAACGUCGUACGUGAUAGUGACAGCGGUGGUGGCCAUGAUUUUUCCCUUCUUCAACGACUUCGUGGGACUGAUCGGAGCAGCCUCAUUCUAUCCGUUGACGGUGUACUUCCCGAUAGAGAUGCACAUUGCGCAGACGAAAAUACCAAAGUACUCAUUCACAUGGAUAUGGCUGAAAAUACUGAGCUGGACUUGCUUGGUGGUGUCGCUUGUUGCUGCUGCAGGCUCCAUACAGGGACUCUCUCAGGAUCUCAAGACAUACAAGCCCUUCAAUACUCAAUGAGUUGUUUAAACCCUAUUUUGUUGAAAAACAAUGCAAAAUGUAAUAUUUUUAAUAAAAAUGAAUUUGUGUGUGGAUGUAUUUUAUAUCA